ACGGGCGAGAUUUCCUUCACCGAUCAAACCAUCGCUAAUGGCCUCUCGCGCUCUGUAGCCCUCAGUCAUGCCUUUGCGCAAGGCCAUGGAACAAAGCGCCCCAGAGACGACGUCUCGAACAGCUGUUUCGAUCCUGAAUCGUUCCUCCCCGCGUCGCAGAAACGCGCCCGCCCCGACCUUGGCUAUACCAACGACGUGAACCCCUCGUCAUACAUUGCGCCCGGCGUGACCUACGACCCUCUGGCCCUGUACAACAGACUGCCGGACACCGACUUUGCCCUAUAUCACCCGCACCUCGCGUCCACCCAUCCGGUCGCUCAGCCGCAAUUUGACGCCGCGGCCGCUCAAACCCAUCCACACAUUGCCUCGCAGUCGGUCACUCAAUACCAGCAGCACCCCUCAUACUGGGGCCUGCCUGCCCAGCGUCUACCGCACCAACACCAACAACAACAACCACUCCCUGAGCUGCCGUCGCAACCUCAUUUCCAAUCGGCUUUCCAGCCCCAACUCCAGCCACAGUCGCUACCCCAAACUCCCCAGCAGUACUACACUAUGCCUGCCGAUCACGUGCAAAAUACAUCGUAUCCUGCCAAUACCGACUGGUGGCAGCCCCGGACCAGUCCAAACAAUAGUGCUCUUGAGAACUGGAACUACCAGGUUGAGGAGCCCUGUGUCUAUGGUGCCGAUGCUAGCCAACAUCUCAAGCUGCAAAGUCUAGCCACUCUUGACAAUCUCAUCAUUCUAAACCUUGCCAAGGGCUCACUAAACGACAUCCUAUUGCUCACCGCCGGCCGGGACCAUGAAGGAAGUCAAGCCUACUUCACAAGACGGACUCUCUUUGAUCAAACGCGUAAGGUUUAUGCCAAGAACGCUGUCUUUAUUGACAUGCACACCUUGCCUGUCUUCACUGCUUCGCAGCAGGAAAUUGUACGCAAAGCGAACCGUGCAAUCUUCAUUUCCAGUAUUCUUGAGGGCCACGACAUCAGCUUCUUUGACCUAGACUCUCGUUUUAUGGAUACCUUCAUCUGUCCAGGCCAGCGGCUGCUCAAGUGGCAGGGUACCAUCUUCCUCGAACUAAAGACACAAGCAUACAUUGCGGCACUUAUGAACAACGACGGCCCUUCAGACUCGCUACUGGAUGAACUCUUCCCUAACGAUUUGGCCGACCAGCUCUUGUCUCGUCAUCCAGACGCCCCAAACCUGGCUCCUAGUGAACAAGACUUUCUCGACAGGGCUCGCGCUAGAAAGCAAUAUCUCUUCGAUGAACCACCAUAUGAUGCAUACAGCACCUUGCCUCGGAAGUAUGGUUGGCACGAUUUCUUGCGGGAGUUUGCCGUGGCACUCAGCAAAAACGUCGAGGCCAUCAUCAACAAUCCUCCUGGAGUAAUAUCGCCAUCGUUCAGAGCCGGAAGUCGUGGGACGCCGGCUUCGGGUAGAUUUGGAAGUUCAAGCAGCCCAACAGUCGGCGCCCAAGACUCAACCAAUGGUCUCGGAGUUCACAACGGUUCACNNUCUCGGCAAAUACACAGCAACAACCCUCGCCAUCACAACCAGAUCAAGAAACAUCAGAAACUGGUCAGCCCAAGCCUUCGCCGAAAGCACGGCCAAAGCCAAAGACUGGCGCAAGUGCUACUCAGCNGGCAGCCUUGGAAGCAAGAAGAAGAGGAUGCGCUGAUGGCCGGUUUGGCUGAAGUCAAAGGACCUCACUGGUCACAAAUUCUCAGUCUGUACGGUCGUGGCGGCAGUGUAAGCGAGGUGCUCAAAGACAGGAAUCAAAUCCAACUCAAGGACAAGGCCCGCAACCUCAAGCUGUACUAUCUCAAGAUGGGCAAGGAGGUGCCCGAAUGCCUACGAGGGGUAACGGGAGAACUGCGUAAGAGAGGUGGCGCGCGCGUACGUGCUGCGCUUGGUUUAACGGACGACGAUGGUCCUCCGUCCAAGAAGGGAUCAAGGUCCGGUACACCACUUGACCCGUCGUUAAGCAUGAGCCGACCU